AUGGCUCGGUUGCCGCCGCAGGGGGCCGGGCGGCUCAUGGUCGAGCACGGCUGGUACCUGUCCGCCCGUGAGCAAGCGGAGGAGGAAGACGACGAGGAGGAUGGAGAGUCCACUCCGCUGCUGCCGCCGUCGGGCAGCAGUCCUCCAAAUCGUGGCUCUUCCUUUGGUGUGUCAGUAUUUAAUUUAAUGAAUGCGAUCAUGGGAAGUGGGAUACUUGGCUUGUCCUAUGCUAUGGCAAACACAGGCAUCCUGGGGUUUAGUAUCUUGCUGCUGAUUGUUGCCAGCCUUGCUUCUUACUCUGUGUUUCUUCUGCUCAAUAUGUGCACUCAGACUGCUGUCACUACUUACGAAGACAUUGGCUUGUUUGCUUUUGGAUCAACUGGGAAGGUCCUUGUUGCAGCUACAAUAAUUACCCAGAAUAUUGGAGCUAUGUCAUCUUACCUUUUAAUUGUUAAAUCUGAACUUCCUGGUGCUGUUGCGGCGUUCCUAAGUGGAGAUGAGAGCGGGUCUUGGUACCUUGAUGGGAGACUGCUGCUACUGAUUGCUUCAGUCUGCAUUGUUUUUCCUCUUGCCCUUCUUCCUAAAAUUGGCUUUCUUGGCUACACAAGUAGUUUAUCAUUUUUCUUUAUGGUGUACUUUGCUCUUGUGAUCAUGGUAAAAAAAUGGUCAAUCCCUUGUCCUCUACCUCUAAGUAGUGCCGUAGAGACUUUACAGGUUUCAAAUUCUACUGGGGAUUGUAAAGCAAAGCUCUUUCAUCUUUCAAAAGAGAGUGCUUAUGCAAUACCAACUAUGGCCUUCUCUUUUCUUUGCCACACCUCGGUCUUACCCAUCUUUUGUGAGCUCCAAAGUCCAUCCAAAAGUAGAAUGCAGAAUGUAGCUGUCACAGGAAUUGGUCUGAGUUUCCUAAUUUACUUUGUGUCUGCUCUGUUUGGGUACCUGACAUUUUAUGACAAAGUGGACUCCGAACUGCUACAAGGUUACAGCAAGUACCUGCCACAUGAUACUGUCAUCAUGACUGUUAAAGUAGCCAUCCUGUUUGCUGUGCUUUUGACAGUGCCUCUGAUCCAUUUCCCAGCGAGGAAAGCUGUACUGAUGGUAUUUUUCUCUCAUGUUCCUGUGUCGUGGAUUUGCCACAUCCUUGUCACUUUAACACUGAAUACAAUUGUUGUUUUAUUUGCAAUGUAUGUGCCAGACAUGAAACAUAUAUUUGGCGUAGUUGGUUCAACCACGUCAACAUGUUUGCUUUUUGUAUAUCCUGGACUCUUUUAUCUUAAACUUAGCAGAGAAGACUUCCUAUCACCACAGAAGCUUGGGGCAUGUGCACUGGUUAUUUUUGGUGUUUGUGUUGGCCUUCUCAGCUUAGUUCUUAUCAUUUUCAAUUGGAUUGAUCAAUAAGGGCCUGUCGCUGCUGUCUGAACUGAGCUUCAGAAGGACAGCAAGAACCAGAGGUGUGUCAAAACUACUGAAAUGAAUGCUGGACAUCCUAAAGAGAACAUUGACUAAAGCUGUUUCUGGAAGAAACAAUGCUCCUUUUCACUGCAUUACUGAUGUUUCACCUUUUAAUUUUGAGUCAUUCUCUUCAGUUGUUGGACAAUCACUCUUUGCCAUUCUAAAAUACUAGUUUUUAAUGAUGUAAUUGUGACAGGUAAAAAAGUCCCUUGAGAAUGUGUGGAGUGCAAAAAUGGUUUAGUGCACACAGUGAACGAGAAAUAACGUCUCCUUUAAAGGCAGUGAAAUAGGUACUGCAUCAGUUGUGGUAUCUACAUUGUGAUCUGCAUUUAGAGUACUGUUGACACCAUCCUAAUCCAUGAAAGGACUCUCUUGCUUGAA